GUUAGAACUUAGAACUUCCGAUUGGUACCAACCAGAGGCAGACAACACAAAGAGGAAGGGUUUAUCGGAACUUAUAUAUCUUCACGCUCUUACUCGGGCUUCGCUAGAGAAAGAUGAAAAACCUUAAACGCUCUACAAAAGCAAGACCUUCAAUUCCCAAUUGUUUUUAGGGUUUAUUUCCAGGUCCUCCAAAUCCUCUAAAGCCAACGGUUUCAAUUUGUCUCGCCCUCUGAUUUGGUUUUAUGUGGAAGCUUAAGCUGAAGAUCAAGCCUAUGCAAACUGGGUUUCAUGCAAGGAAUUUUUAGUAUUGGAAGCAUUUGUUAAGUUGAGCCAUCUGCAAUGUAUGGCCAAGCUAAUUAUGGCCAUCAGUUUGGGCAGGGUCCUCGGACACCCAUGACACCUGCAAACAACCAACAGCGCCCACCAGCUCUGCCUCCGCCUCCCCUUCAAUACCAACAGGGACCUCCACCCCCUCCGCCUCCUGUAGUUCAGCAGGCUACAUCGGUUGUCCCACCUCAGAUAGGUCAGCGGGGCCCCUAUUUAUAUCAGCAUGGUUUUCCUCCCCCACCUCCCACUGUUCACCAAAAUCCACCUAUUCCGCUCCGUGGAAUACCAAAUACAGGUCAAUCUUAUCUACACCCCCCUCCACCAGGCCAUGGAAGUACCUUAAUAUCACAGUGUUACUCAAAUGCUCAGCAUAAUGUGCAACAUCCUUCGCAUACAGGAAACCAGAAUUUUCAUCGUAUUCCUCCACCAGGAUUUGUGCCUCCUCCUUGCCCAGACAUGUCAGCACCACAUGGACCAUUACCUCCUCCUCCUCCUCCUCCUCCUCCUCCUCCUCCUCCUACUCCUGCUGCUGCACCACAUGGACUGACAUUGUAUAAAACUCUGUAUCCUCCACAACCACAGACUGGUGGUGCACAGGGUCUUCAACAAAUUCCACCACCCCCUGCCGCUUCUGCCUCUAAUCGUUUCACUACCACUACAUUUGGUAGUUCUGUGCAUUUAACUGUCAAAGAUUCUCACAUGCCUUGCUCGGCUCCCCUACCACCAGCAUCUGCUCAACCUCCCUCAGCACCAUUGCCCGCCCCACCACCUUCUUCAUCUCCAACCCUUGCUGCUUUCAAUUUCCCUGUUCAUUCAAACUUUGAUCAUAGGUUUAAUAAACUUCCCAUGUCUGAAUUGAGGGAUCUGGAUUCUGUUGAUGAAGCUGCAGAUAGAAAUGAAGUCAGACAUAUAGCAGCUGUGCAUGAGGGCUCCCAAAAUUAUGAAGGUGGAAGUGGCUUUGAAGCAGGUUCUCUAGCUGGAGAUGGAUUAUCAUCAAAUGGAAGUUUGAUGUUGGAUGUUUAUCCACCUCCACCUAAGCCAACAGAUGAGAAAGUUGUUCAGAAGAUUGAGUUUUUCUGCCAUCUUAUUGCUAAAAAUGGUCCUGGUAUCGAAGAUUUGACUCGUCAAAAUGAGUAUAAGAAUCCAGAGUUUGAAUUUUUAUUUGGUGGUGAGCCAGGAAGUGGAGCAGCAAUUGCCCAUGAAUACUUCCUGUGGAUGAAGAAGAAAUGUAAUUUGGCUUGUAAGUUGCAUGACGGGCCAAAUGGAUCACCAUUGAAGUCUUUGGUGAUUGACUCUUCAUCUCAACCUGAACAUUUGAAUGCUUCAUCUGGUUAUAGCUUGCCUGCUGAUUCUGACAUGGAGAUGGAAGAUGAUAUCACCCUGUCUGACAGAGACCAGGGAGUUAAUGAUUCAAUUGAAGCUCUAAACGGCAAGUCUGGUUUGAUUGAUGAUGAGCUUGAUGUAAAAAGACAGCUACACAGGCCACAGAGUUCACCAGAAUGGAGAGCAGCCCAGGGCGUCUUUUGUGAAAAGGUGUCAUGCUCUUUGUCCUCCGAACUGUGCAAACUAAGUGAAGGCCCAAAUCUCUUAUUUGAAGGACGGUCAAAAAUUGAAAAGUCUCCUUCCAGAGUUGAUAAUGUGUAUUCAGCUGGAGCUGCUGAAUGCCCCUUGGACAGCGAUCUAGAGAAAUCUUCUACUGCCAUAGCCAUAGCUGAUUAUCAGAAUAAAUUAAGUACUCCUGCAGCUGCCGAGGCCAACAAUUCUGAUAGGUUUUCUAAUCAAUUUAUUGAAGUUGGCAGUCCGUUUAGACUUCUACAAGACUAUGCUUCUGACAAUAGUUCAGAAAAUGAUGAUGAAGCCUUUGUUGAAGAUGUUAAUGUUAAAAUAGUUCCACCAUCAGUUACAGCUGCUGCUAAAAGUAGCCAUAAAGAUACUGGGUCUCAUUUAAAGACAUAUAUAGGAUCUGAGAGUCCCUGCAUGUCUGAUAAAGAGUCUAGGCUACCGUCUGAAUCCAGAAAGCCUUAUAAGGCUGAAAAGUUUUCCCUACAUACAAAUAAAGAGAUUAAGGAUACCAGUACAACGUUAAUCACAAUUGAGAGUCAUGAGGCUUUCCAGGAAAAAGAUGCAUUGGCCGGUGCUGGUACUGAUGUUGUUUCUAGGAGGGGUAAGUCUCCGGAGGGUAAAAAGGCUACCAUUGAAUCAGUUCCUCCGAAGGUGGAUGAGUUUGGGAGAUUGGUCAGAGACGGUUCCAGUGACAGUAACUCUGAUGAUUCACGCUAUAAUAAGAGGCAUAAUAAAAGAGGUAGAAGUCGAAUCCGCAGCCGCAGUCGGUCUCCUCUUGACAGCAGGAGAAGGAGUUCACGUAGGAGAAGAGACAAGCGAAGUCGUUCUCGCAGUUGGUCUUCGAGGAAUCAAAGAAGCAGGAGCAGGUCUCCCACAUUUAGGCGCGCAGGUGAGUUCAAAGAUGGCAACAAAAGACAGGACAAGCGCCUCAUUCCAGAAUGCUUUGACUUCCUUCGAGGCAGAUGCUACCGUGGAGCUUCUUGUCGGUAUAUGCAUCAUGAGUAUGAUAAGAAUGACAGUUCAAGGCACCAUAGGAGCAAACAAAAGCAUCUGGACACGCAGCCUGGUUUGAAAAGAUCUAGGAUUAAGGAAGAGACUAAGCAUACAUCUCCCAUGAAUCUGCAUGAUGAAAUUAAAGACCAGGAGUUGCAAGAUGUGCCUAUUGCUAGAAAAGGUUGUCAGUUGAUUGAUCCUGAUAAAAUUAAUUGUGAGAGUUCUAGAGUGGCAAUUGCUACAGUGCAGGUGAAACAAAUUCUUUCAGAAACACCAGUGGAAACCACCACUCAUAUCCCUGACAAAAAAGAAUUUCAGGAAGUGGUCAAGUCUCAUCAACCAUCCCCUCAACUGAUAAGCAGUGCUGAUAAUAUGAAGUCAUGUGAUGAUACUUCUCAGGAUGUGUUCCCUCUUAUGAAAAAGUCUGUAGUCGAGCAAACUCAAAGCAAUAAUUCUGUUGCACAGCUUCAAAAGGUUGAUUGUCCCUCUAAGCAGAUGGAAGAAUUUCUCGUAUCUGAUUUGUCACCAGAUCGAGCAUCCAAGACUUCUCCAAAUAAGGUCUAUAGUAGUGGACCUUUACCAAUUGCAAUUUCAUCGACUCAUGUGUGGCCCAUGAAAAGUUCUAAUGGCCAACCACUUUCAUCAGAACAGUUUCCAUAUCUUUCACAGUUGCUUCCUCCUCCACCUUCACAAGGUACCAGUGCUGUUCAUGUUCCACAGUUGCAUAGAGAUUAUAACCUGAUGCCACCCUAUCCACUUCAGUCCACUCCUACAGGAAGUAUUCAUUCUUAUCAAGAUUCCUUACCUAACCAACAUGCUCAAUUAUCUCGACCUCUAGAUUCCACUUGGACAUCCUUGCCGCCACCACCUCCACGACCGAUGUAUGAUUCAUCUAUAAAUGCAGGAACUGCUGCACGAGGUGUUUCUUCACAAUUUCAGCAGAAUCAUUUGGUUCCAAGGAAUGACUUUGGUUCUCAUACUUCUGUCCGGCCUUAUCCAACUGAAUUGCCUUCUCAUUCUCAGGCUAGUGACUUUCAGCAUCAGAUGUACCCUCCAGUGCGGGAGUUUCAUCGUCCUCUAUUGCACAGGGAAGAUUUCAGAUCCGGCAAUCCAUCAAGUCAACCAUUUGGGGCCUCUGGUCUUUCAAGAGAAGAUCAAUUUACACAAGCUCCUGUGCAGGAUUUAAAUUCUUCAAACGCUUUUGCUCAUGGCAACAUACACCCCCAACCUACUCCUCCACGGGAAAUAAAUAUGCACAAAAUGCAAAAUUUCUCUGGCGACAAUUUUCCUUCAGGUGAACUUUUAAAUUCAUCCCCACAGAUUCAGUCUCGUACACAGAACCAACAGCCAACCUGUGGUAUGCAAUACCCUGUUGGUGAUAGCAUUUUGGGUGUGCCUGGGAAGACUGGUGUAAAAUACCAUGUAGGUGAUAGCAUUUUGGGUUUUCCUGGGAAGGAUGGUCCUAUGUCCCAAUACCCUACAGAUAUUCUGGACAGAAAUCAGUCGUCUCACCUUCCUGAUUUUGGGGCAUCUAGAAUUCCCACACAUCAUAAUCCAUACGCAGCUACUUUUGAGCAACCACUAAGCUCCAAAUUCAGUUCUAACAUUCUCAAUCAAGAAAACGAUGCUCCCUCUGGUAAUAUUUUUGAUACUCCCUCCAUUUUGAGCCAAGUUCCUGUUGAUGGGCAAGGUGUUGGCAGUGUUGGAUCAAGACAGACAACUUCUUCGCCAAGUUCUGCUAGAGCUGUUGGUCAGCUGUUGCCUAAGUCAGAUGGUGAGCAGUAUGAUCCACUUUUGGACAGCAUUGAGCCAUCAUCAACUCCAUGCAAGAAAAGCGGUCAUGGUCAAAAAAAGAAAACCCCCAGUGAUUCCAAUAUCAUGGGGAGCGUCAGUGGCUCAUGUCAACCAUUGGAUCUGGAAGAGAACAACAAACGUAAAGAGGUAGAUACUGUUGCAUCAGCUACAUCUCUAGAUAUUGAUGAGUAUGGUGAGACAGCAGAUGCAGAAGUGGGUGUUGUUGAGGAUGAGAGUCUUAGUGAUCCUGAUGAUGCAGUGAACAUGGCUGCAGGAGAAAUUGAGAUUGAUCAGAGGGAGUCUCCAGGGAAGAGCAAGAAGGAAAAAGAUUCCAGAUCAAUGAGACUUUUCAAGAUUGCUAUUGCAGAUUUUGUAAAGGAAAUUUUGAAGCCAUCAUGGCGGCAGGGUAAUAUGAGCAAGGAAGCGUUUAAGACCAUUGUCAAAAAGACUGUUGAUAAGGUCUCCGGAGCCAUGAAAAGGCAUCAGAUACCCAAGUCACAGGCAAAGAUAGAUCACUACAUUGACUCAUCACAGCGAAAACUGACAAAACUGGUGAUGGGCUAUGUUGACAAGUAUGUCAAGGUGUAGACCUUAGCUGUGAUUCAAGCAACCAAUUGGCAUGCCAUGACAGAAGAUUUUGAUCAGACGUGUACGCCGUUUCCCCAUCAUUUGGAGCUCCUUCCUAUGCCUGAUGGAGCUUUGCAAUUUAUUUGAUUUGAUUUGUAGUCUUCAACUGGUGUUGAUAGGGAGAUGUCGGGUUUUGUUUUUGUUCUUUGUUGUACAGUUUGUCCCUAUUACUGGAGGGAUGCCAUUUUAGAGGCUAAUUAAGUUAAAGCUAAUGACGGCACUUUACUUAGCAAUUCAACCUUAGCAAAAGUUCUGUGGCAGCUACAGAACAUGUAUGUAAUGUGUUUCUUUGAAUAUCUUUAUUGUGAAGUUUCCUUCUUGUAGUGGUCUACAGUCUACUCAAUAUUGUAUAUUCAAUUUUGUAGAA